AUGGAAACGCCGGACUCCUACUCAGCUUGGAAGACCCUGCCGGGAGGACGAUUCUCACCCCUUUCCAGGUUUGAAUGUAAUAUCUGUUUGGACACUGCAAAGGAUGCGGUAGUCUCUAUGUGCGGUCAUCUGUUUUGUUGGCCAUGUCUUGUGCAGUGGCUCGAUACAAGGCCGAACCGACAACUUUGUCCCGUGUGCAAGGCCGCCAUAAGUAAAGAGAAAGUAAUCCCGCUGUAUGGUCGAGGUGGCGAUAACACCGAUCCACGAGAAAAAUUCCCUCCACGUCCACGUGGUCAACGAACCGAAGCACCUCAGCAAGGUUUUCCUGGCUUCCAGUGGGGAGACGGUGGUCCAGGCGGUGGUGUACAAUUUUCUCUUGGAAUUGGUGAUUGGCCUGCGUGUGUUGAUGCCAGCUUUUUUCUUUCCAGUGUCUUCCCCCUAUCAUUCUUCACAACUUGGUUUACUGCACGACAAGAUCCUCGCCCUGCUGCCCCUCAACGAGGUUCUCGUCAGUAUCAAGAAGAGCAGUUCCUUUCAAACAUGUUCUUAUAUCUCGGUGUCUUUUUCGUUCUCUGGUUGGUAUUCGUUUGA